UAAUACUAGGGUAACAUGCAAGUGUAUGUUGUCUUCAAGUCUAGCCAACCUUUGGGAUUUUAAGUAAGACACAUGUAGAAGAAAAGGAAAUUCAUCAGCGACAGACAUCAUACUGUGAGUGAGACCGACAUAGUCACAGCUCAGACUAGCGCCCGUGGAACAUCCCUUGUCGACCACAUAUCGGUACUACAGUGUCAUGGGGAACAAAAGCAGCUCACCGAGUCCAAAGACCAUGAAGGAGUUACGAGAUGUUAUAUCACAUGAAUACACUAAUGAGGAGAUAGAGUCAUGGUAUGAUGAUUUCAAAGCGUCCCUAUCUAAAGGCGAGUCAGCUCUACCAAUGGAAGCCUUCAUUAAGGUAUAUAGCAAGACGUUUGUGGGCGAGACGACCCGUUUCGCUGAACAAGUGUUCCGUGUGUUUGACACCAACGGCAAUGGACGUGUGGAUUUCAAGGAGUUUAUGUUAGGAAUGUACGUGUCUGGGUCCCCUUUGGAUGAGGAGCAGAAGCUUGAUUGGGCCUUCAGAAUGUACGACAGGAACGGGGACGGUUACAUUACCAAGGAAGAGAUGCUAUACAUGUUCGAUGCAAUUUGUCGUAUGACAUUGACAGACCUUCCGGCGACUCAUUCCACACCGGAAAUGUUAACAGACCACUUCUUUGAACAUUUCGACGAGAACAAUGACGAAAAAAUAAGCAAGGAGGAGUUCAUUUCCAAGGCGAGGACGUACAAGGAGAUAAUUGAUAUGUUAGAGGUCGAUCCAUUCCCAGAAGACUGACAAUGUAUUCCGCUCAUUUUCUGAACUAUGACUGGAAUAUCAACAGUACAAUGUGUGACUAAAUUCAAACGUCAUUGAUCCAGCUGCUGUUUUAUAAAAUUGGUUGAAAAUCCCGUCAUUUAAGCAACAAUUCGAACGAUGUAUUCUCUUCAUUAAAAUGGUACCAUACUCCCAGUUUGACGCUGAGCAGGCCUAGGGACAGGGAUACAUAGGGAAACUGAACCAUCUGAAGUAUAAUGAACCGAGAAAGAUGUUCUAUCAAUGUUUCCUACAAUAUGACAUUUCAGUGAAAUGAUACUAUAAACCGUUCAAACAGGUACACUCCUCUGGUAGGUUGAUAGGAUGUAAUAACCAAAAUCAUCCAGAACACCAUCUCGGCUUACUAAUAGACAGGUUCCAUCAACCAAACUCAUCCAGCACACUAUCUCGACUUAAUCACUUACAGAACAGGUACCAUCCUCUGGUAGGUUGAUAGGAUGUAAUAACCAAAAUCAUCCAGCACACAAUCUCGGUAACUCAGUAAUAUAAUGGAAUGAAUGAUCUUUUCAACGGCCGGAAGUAUUUCAGUUUCACAAUAUUUUUUGUGGUUGAGGUAGAAUUUAGGUUACUAAUGAAAACAAUGAUACCUAUAGGUUUUAGCAGCUAUUGUCAUCGCUUUUGAGAGAUGAGCACGCAACGCGCUUUUUAAUAAAAGAUAUAUAUUCGCA